CGCGGCUGCAGCCGGCGAGCUAGCGGCGCAGCGGCGGGAACCGGAGGCCAAGCGCCGCGGCGGCAGCGCUAGAGGCGCACCCAUCGGGCACGGCGAGGCGGCCCACGGUGCGGCAGGCACCGGGAGGCGAGAGCCGGCGCGGACAGUAGGCGGCGGCUGCAGUUCGUUGGCGGCUGCUGCGAGGAUGCUGCCUGGGCGGCUGUGCUGGGUGCCGCUCCUGCUGGCGCUGGGCGUGGGGAGCGGCAGCGGCGGUGGCGGGGACAGCCGGCAGCGCCGCCUCCUCGCGGCUAAAGUCAAUAAGCACAAGCCAUGGAUCGAGACUUCAUAUCAUGGAGUCAUAACUGAGAACAAUGACACAGUCAUUUUGGACCCACCACUGGUAGCCCUGGAUAAAGAUGCACCGGUUCCUUUUGCAGGGGAAAUCUGUGCGUUCAAGAUCCACGGCCAGGAGCUGCCCUUUGAGGCUGUGGUGCUCAACAAGACAUCAGGAGAGGGCCGGCUCCGUGCCAAGAGCCCCAUUGACUGUGAGUUACAGAAGGAGUACACAUUCAUCAUCCAGGCCUAUGACUGUGGUGCUGGGCCCCACGAGACAGCCUGGAAAAAGUCACACAAGGCCGUGGUCCAUAUCCAGGUGAAGGAUGUCAAUGAGUUUGCUCCCACCUUCAAAGAGCCAGCCUACAAGGCUGUUGUGACGGAAGGCAAGAUCUAUGACAGCAUUCUGCAGGUGGAGGCCAUUGAUGAGGACUGCUCCCCGCAGUACAGCCAGAUCUGCAACUAUGAAAUCGUCACCACAGAUGUGCCUUUUGCCAUCGACAGAAAUGGCAACAUCAGGAACACUGAGAAGCUGAGCUAUGACAAACAACACCAGUAUGAGAUCCUGGUGACCGCCUAUGACUGUGGACAGAAGCCUGCCGCUCAGGACACCCUGGUGCAGGUGGACGUGAAGCCAGUUUGCAAGCCCGGCUGGCAAGACUGGACCAAGAGGAUUGAGUACCAGCCUGGCUCCGGGAGCAUGCCCCUGUUCCCCAGCAUCCACCUGGAGACGUGCGAUGGAGCCGUGUCUUCCCUCCAGAUCGUCGCAGAGCUACAGACUAAUUACAUUGGGAAGGGCUGUGACCGGGAGACCUACUCUGAGAAAUCCCUUCAGAAGUUAUGUGGAGCCUCCUCUGGCAUCAUUGACCUCUUGCCAUCCCCUAGUGCUGCCACCAACUGGACUGCAGGACUGCUGGUGGACAGCAGUGAGAUGAUCUUCAAGUUCGACGGCAGGCAGGGCGCCAAAAUCCCCGAUGGGAUUGUGCCCAAGAACCUGACCGACCAGUUUACCAUCACCAUGUGGAUGAAACACGGCCCCAGCCCUGGUGUGAGAGCCGAGAAGGAAACCAUCCUCUGCAACUCAGACAAAACCGAAAUGAACCGGCAUCACUACGCCCUGUAUGUGCACAACUGCCGCCUCGUCUUUCUCUUGCGGAAGGACUUCGACCAGGCUGACACCUUUCGCCCCGCGGAGUUCCACUGGAAGCUGGAUCAGAUUUGUGACAAAGAGUGGCACUACUAUGUCAUCAAUGUGGAGUUUCCUGUGGUAACCUUAUACAUGGAUGGAGCAACAUAUGAACCAUACCUGGUGACCAACGACUGGCCCAUUCAUCCGUCUCACAUAGCCAUGCAACUCACAGUCGGCGCUUGUUGGCAAGGAGGAGAAGUCACCAAACCACGGUUUGCUCAGUUCUUUCAUGGAAGCCUGGCCAGUCUCACCAUCCGCCCUGGCAAAAUGGAAAGCCAGAAGGUGAUCUCCUGCCUGCAGGCCUGCAAGGAAGGGCUGGAUAUUAAUUCCUUGGAAAGCCUUGGCCAAGGAAUAAAGUAUCACUUCAACCCCUCGCAGUCCAUCCUGGUGAUGGAAGGUGAUGACAUUGGGAACAUUAACCGUGCUCUCCAGAAAAUCUCCUACAUCAACUCCAGGCAGUUCCCGACAGCGGGUGUGCGGCGCCUCAAAGUCUCCUCCAAAGUCCAGUGCUUUGGGGAAGACGUAUGCAUCAGUAUCCCCGAGGUAGAUGCCUAUGUGAUGGUCCUCCAGGCCAUUGAGCCCCGGAUCACCCUCCGGGGCACAGACCACUUCUGGAGACCUGCUGCCCAGUUUGAAAGUGCCAGAGGAGUGACCCUCUUCCCUGAUAUCAAGAUUGUGAGCACCUUCGCCAAAACCGAGGCCCCCGGGGAUGUGAAAACCACAGCCCCCAAAUCAGAAGUCUUAGAGGAAAUGCUUCAUAACUUAGAUUUCUGUGAUAUUUUGGUGAUCGGAGGGGACUUGGACCCAAGGCAGGAGUGCUUGGAGCUCAACCACAGCGAGCUCCACCAACGACACCUGGAUGCCACUAAUUCUACUGCAGGCUACUCCAUCUACGGUGUGGGCUCCAUGAGCCGCUAUGAGCAGGUGUUACAUCACAUCCGCUACCGCAACUGGCGUCCGGCUUCCCUUGAGGCCCGGCAUUUCCGGAUUAAGUGCUCAGAACUCAAUGGGCGCUACACUAGCAAUGAGUUCAACUUGGAGGUCAGCGUCCUUCAUGAAGACAGAGUCUCAGAUAAGGAGCAUGUCAACCACCUGAUCGUGCAGCCUCCCUUCCUCCAGUCUGUCCAUCAUCCUGAGUCCCGGAGUAGCAUCCAGCACAGUUCAGUGGUCCCAAGCAUUGCCACGGUGGUCAUCAUCAUCUCCGUGUGCAUGCUUGUGUUUGUCGUGGCCAUGGGUGUGUACCGGGUCCGGAUCGCCCACCAGCACUUCAUCCAGGAGACUGAGGCUGCCAAGGAAUCUGAGAUGGACUGGGACGAUUCUGCGCUGACUAUCACAGUCAACCCCAUGGAGAAACAUGAAGGACCAGGGCAUGGGGAAGAUGAGACUGAGGGAGAAGAGGAGGAAGAAGCAGAGGAAGAAAUGAGCUCCAGCAGUGGCUCUGAUGACAGCGAAGAGGAGGAGGAGGAGGAGGAAGGGAUGGGCAGAGGCAGACAUGGGCAGAAUGGAGCCAGGCAAGCCCAGCUGGAGUGGGACGACUCCACCCUCCCCUACUAGUGCCCAGGGGUCUGCUGCCUGGCCCACAUGUCCCUUUUGUAAACCCUGACCCAAUGUAUGCCCAUGUCUAUCAUACCUCACCUCUAAUGUCUGUGACAUGUCUGGGAAGGCCUUCUCCAGCUUCCUGGAGCCCACCCUUUAAGUCUUGGGCAUUUCCUGUGUCUCAUCCAUGGGGAAGUUCCAAGAAGCCCAGCAUGGCCAUCAGUGGGGACUUCAGGGUAGACUUUGUCCUGUAGCCCCAACUUCUGCCCUAAGCUCCCCAGCAUCCUGACUACCUGUCUGCAGAGUCUGCCUUUUUUUUUUCCUGCAGGGAAGAAGGCCCACCUUUGUGUCACUCACCUCCCCAGGCUCAGAGUUCCCAAGGCCCUGGGGUUCCAACUCACUGUGCGUCUCCUCCACACAGACCAGCAGGUCCUCCUUUGCUGACUCCAGGUUGCUUCAUACAAGGAGGGUGGUUGAACUUCACACACCUAAGGUCUUAAUGCUUAACAGUUUAAAGGAAAGUCCUUGUUGAGGCAGAACUAAGUUUACAGGCAAAGGUACACACAUUCUCUCUCUCUGCCUGGCUGUCUAUCUAGUUCCCCAGCUUGGAGAGCCUUUCCCUUUGCUUCUUUCUGAGGCCAUAUAAGCUUAUAAGACAAGUCCUAAACCAAGAAUAAGUCCUUGGCCACAAACACGGCUUGAUCCCCCAUCAGAGCUAUCUGAGCCUGCCUGCCUGGGCACCUGCUGCAACCACGCAGCUGCCCUGCCAGGGGCGCUCACCAUACAGAACCACAGGGCCCGGGAGGCAUUCCACACAGGCACUGCCCCAGGCGACAGUCACAAUGAGCCUAGAGCCAGAAAGCAGAUGGAAAUGCUAAUGAGGUCACACGUAGGCUUCAUGGUGGGUGGGGUGGGGGUGGCUGGGC